AUGGGUAAGGUAGCAACAGGAACGGCGAUGAAGAGGAAGAAGAGGAAGGGCCGCCCUGCAAAACCCUUAAUUACUCCUACAAAACCAAGUAACUACUCCCCUAUCCCCACCACCAACCGCCGAUCCACUCGCCGGAACCCUAAUUUCAACAAUUCCAAUUCUCCGCAGCCGGAAUUCGACGACGACGAUGACGAGCGGCAGGAGAAGAAGGUGAAGCUCGUUGUUCGCUUGCCUCAAUCGGUUUAUGAUAUAAAUCAGAAGCAGAGCCAGAGCCAGCAUUCUCGAGAUUCGGAUUCGGAGGAGGUAGAGGACUCGGAUGCCGAGGAAGGAGAGGAUCAAGAGGUGUGUGGUAUGAAACGCAAGAUCAAUGCCGUCGAUCACAGAUCCAGCGAGGAUGUAUCCAAUUCCAACCAGGAGAAAAAGGUUCUGAAAACGACAGACACUGAACAUGGGUCACCUCAGGGGUUUGGUCCCACGGUACCUUUGCCAGACAAAAAGUUGGUGGUGUUCAUUCUUGACAGACUUCAAAAGAAGGACACUCAUGGGGUAUUCUCUGAGCCAGUGGAUCCCGAUGAGCUACCUGAUUAUCAUGAGAUAAUAAAGCACCCUAUGGAUUUUGGGACCGUGAGGAAAAAGCUUGAUGGUGGAGCGUAUAAGAACUUGGAAGAAUUGGAGGCCGAUGUGCUUUUGAUAUGUUCAAAUGCAAUGCAGUACAAUGCUCCAGAUACGAUCUACUUUCGCCAGGCAAGGGCUAUACGCGAGCUUGCAAAGAGAGACUUUGAAAAUCUGAAGCAGGAAGGUGAUGAUGGUGAACCACAACCUAAGAUUGUGCGGAGAGGGAGGCCCCCGAGUAAGAACCAGAAGAAGUCCGUUGAAACUUCCCCUGUGGAUCAUGUUGGUCCUGAGAUGUCCUCAGGUGCAACUCUUGCUAGUGGAGAAGAUAAAGGAACAGGGUCUAAUUCUUACAAUCUAAGAAAGGGGCCUAUGUUUUACAAGUUUCGAUCUACAGAUCCAUUUGUGUCAUCCUACCGCCCAAGAGGUGAAAAUUACUCAGAGUGGUUGGUUGAUUGGAAUGAUGAAUUUCCAGCAUCCAUUCUAAAGGCUGAUAUGAAAUAUGGAAAGAAACAGUUUACAAUUGAUGAGAACAGGCGUGACACCUACAGGCAAUUUCAUCCUCUGACUUCUGACAAUGAGCCAUCUGUUUUCUCUAAUUCUGUUGGAGAUAUGAAGCGGUUGAUGCCAGUUGGUCUUCACUUUGAGCCACUUGCUUAUGCCCGAAGCCUGGCUAGGUUUGCUGCAAAUCUUGGGCCUGUAGCCUGGAAAGUUGCUUCGAAAAAAAUAGAGUCUGUGUUACCUGCCGGAGUAAAAUUUGGUCCUGGGUGGGUGGGACAAUAUGAAGCACCUUCACAGCCAUUGUCUUUUUCAACUAACCAGCAAAAAAUGUUGACUAACCCAGCAGGUGAUUGCCAUUCAAGCAGAAUGUUGAUGUCGUCGAAUUCUGAUUUAAAAUCUGCAGUUGCAUACAUGCCUAGUGAAGAAAUGGUGGAAGCCGUUAAGAAACUGGACAGCAAGAAUGAGGUAUCUGCAACGGGUGAAGUUUCUUUGAGAAAACAGUUCCAGGCUCCGUGGAAAUCUAUUGAUCAGGGACAGAGAAAUGGUUUUAGUGGUUUGUUUGGAUAUGAUUUAUCUGGGACUUCAAGAGGAUCCAUACCUGGACAGUCUGGGAGGGACGAUGUCCCAGGAUCCUCUCAUACACUUGAAAUGGUAUCCCGAAACAAUGUAUCAAUGACUCAGCCAUCAGCUUCAAAUAAUGUUGUUCUCGAGGAAGCCAAGUUGCCCGAAAAUUGGAGUACAUUACAACCUGGAUAUGUCCUUAACUCUAAAGCUGAACCCAAUGCCAGGAACUCUAGCACGUCGUCUUGGCAAACAUUGUCAAUGCAACAAAGACCCCCCCUUCCGAUUCCACCUGACCUGAAUGUAAGAGUUCAGGGAGGUUCGCCGAGUUCUAGCUUACAGAUGGGUUCACCCCAUCAACCAGAUUUGGCUUUACAGCUUUGA